AUUGCGAAUUGACUAAGCUACUUAAAUGCUCCACUUAAGCCCCCAAGACCGGCAUUACGUACAUUGAGGCGAUCAAACAAUUGAUGGUAAUUAAGUUAUGCAGUCGUAAAGAUGGCUUGUGAGACAUUUGCUGCGAUGGGGGAAUAUUUUGAACAAUAUAGUUACACUAAUUUUGACGACGUGAAUACGGGGUGGAAUGAGUACCACGAACACUAUGAGGUGGAACCUCAUCACUAUGACAAUGGAAUGUCGUACGACAUACCUAUACAAAAUGAAUACUAUUACGAACAGCCUAGUGAACCAAAGUGUCUGAAUCAGGACACCUCCCCCGGGGAGGCCAGUUGUUAUGACUUUGAUUUACAAAAUAAACAUAUUCACGAGAUCAAGUACCCGGACAAAACGAAACCCGUGGACAUGGUGAGGCUUGGAGCGACAGUGAGGGAGAGGAAUAGAAUGCACAUGUUAAAUGAUGCCUUCGACGAUCUACGAAAAGUGGUCCCCAAAUCCAACCUCGGGGAACACCAAAAGUUGUCUAAAAUCGCCACCCUCAGACUGGCUAUUCGGUACAUCUCAUCUUUGACCAAAACGUUGAGAGAUGCUGGGGUGGAAGUCCGAAUCGUCAAGAGUUCUGGAAUCACAGACCGUAGGGGAAAACGACGAGGAGUUCGGAAGUCCGCCGUGGAAAAGGCGCUAAGAGUUUCCGAAUAGGAAUUCCGACCAAAAUUGUUCAUUUCUAAUGUUUAAAUUUCGUGUUAUAAAGAGGAAUAACUUUGGAAUCUGCAUGAACAAUUUGAAUGACGGACAGAUGAACAAACAGGAUUUAUUGAACUUACCGAAACACUCAUGCUUUUGACAGUUUGUAUAAAAUUUGAAUUUGUAUCGAAACGCCAAAUUCUGUUUCCUGCAUAUUUAAUUACUAAUUAAACAUGCCAAUAAUCAAUAGUACAGUAAAGAUAUGAUCAUGCAUCAUUUUUAAAACGCAUUAGAAUUACUUUUCUAUUUUCUUUAAACGACUUUUGUCUUCUUAUUUCGUGUAUAUGCGUAUUUGUCUAUGUAAUCUUUACUUAUAUAGAGAAAUUCAUUUUUGUUUUACUAUUUUAAUGUUUAAAAGACCGUAAAUUGUUUACUGGUCGAUGUCACAACGAAUUAUUAAGAUUUAUCCCGUAAAAAUUAAUGUAUGAAUUUCGCUAACAAGUCGAAUUUUACAACAUGUAUUUUUGAUUUAGUGUGUUU